GCCCCAAGGUUCGUGCCCAAGGUGUGUAAGCUGUUGUAUGCUCCGUGCUACCUACGUCUCAAGGAUAAGCGCCAAGAGCCUACCUAGAUGAUCUUGAGAUGGCAGAUGCCCGGUGGCUGAUGACUACAUAGGUACCGCUUCUGCAGUAAACGCGUCCAAACCCUUCGGUAAUGAAAUAAGCUCCGAUCGUCUCUGGCCAGCCCAAGCCACACGGCCGGAUAGAGCUAAUCGAACACGGCAGGCAAACAUGGCAACGAUAGAUAGUAGCCCUGACUUAGCAGCGAGAAGCCUGCCAUCGCCUCCCUUUAUCUCAGUGCCGGGCUUGCCUAAUUUUAGGGAUGCCGGAGGUUACGAGAUCAUAUCCGAUUCGCCUAGUGCUCUCUCUUCUGAAGGAAACCGAAAGGCUAAGAUUGUUAGGCGAGGUAUCAUAUUCAGGUCAUCAGAGCCCUCUAAACUGACGGACGCUGGGGCUGUACAACUAAGCCAACAGCUCGGUAUCAAAUCAGUUUACGACUUACGAUCCGCCACUGAGAUCACGCGGGGGCUUGGUUCCGGUCGUGGAUUUCCUAUUCGCGAAUGGGAGGGUUCAGAACGUAAAUUUGUUCCGGUGUUCUUGGACCAAGAUUACUCGCCGGCUGCCUUAGCUCUUCGGUACAAGAACUAUGCUUCAGAGAGCGAUGAGGGCUUUAUUGAAGCAUACAAAGACAUCCUCAACGCUGCCACAGACCCGGCCAAUGACUUCCAGCCUUUCAAGGCUAUCUUGGGCCAUUUAGCUACGGUCCCUACUACCUCUUCCCCACAAGGCGUAUCACCGUGUCUCGUUCAUUGCACAGCAGGCAAGGACCGCACAGGGGUUAUCGUUGCACUAGCUCUCAGCUUGUGUGGCGUACCGGACGAGGCCGUCGUUCAUGAAUAUAAUCUGACCGAAAUUGGGCUGAACUCUCGCCUCGAAGAGCUCGUGAAACAUGUCUCAAGCAACCCACAAAUCGGCAUUGAUGUGGAGGGGGCAAGGCGGAUGGUUGGUGCAAGGAAAGAGGCAAUGCAAGGCACAUUGGCCUGGAUUCGGAAGAAGUACGGCUCCGUUGAGCAAUGCGUUAUCGACCUAGGCAUCCUCACACCCGAAGGCAUAGCCCAGCUAAGGAAGAACUUGAUUGUUGAGGUCGACCAAGAUGAAGUGAUCCGGUGGUAGAGGUGUGCUUGGUAGCAUGCUCCACGAACGGACUUAAAUUAUAAUGUGACGCGCUAUGAUGGGAUACGAGAUGAUUUGAUGGUAGGUGAUGGAUCGAAUGGGUAUAUAUAUCUAUGCAUAUUUUAUACAUAUCAGGCCCGAGGUAGAAAGAAUAGACAUCUAUAC